CCUGUGAAUCUGGAGGAAUCAUUCUUCUCCGAUCGGUUUUGCUUGUACUCUCUUGCACACAUCAUGAUGCAUAUACACUCAUUACUCAUACGACAGACAUACACACGUAUCGACAAAACCGCAAAAAUGUGUCGCCUCGUGACUCUUUCACCUGGCUGACUGGCUGGCUGGUCUCAUGUCACUCUGUCUGGAAGAGGAAACGAUGCAGCAAAAUUACACAGCAGCAGCAGCAAGGAGGCAGACAAAACAUACAUACGUAUGUAUACUUAUGCAUUUAUACGCAGGCGAGCGCGGAGCAUGAGCAGCUGACUGACUGAUCGAUUGACACCCUUCCCCAAACACCCACAAAUACAGACAGACAGACAGACAGACGCAGACACAAGACCAGCAAGCAAGCAACAACACGGGCCCCAUCGUACGCAGCCUCUCGAGUCCCCCCUGAGCCUCUCUCUGGUUCACUGCUGCACUCACUACACGGCUGCCGGCUGUGUGAUUGCCCGCAGCCUCUCAAUCAGCAAAGGGUCUUCAGGCUUGAGCACGUCGAAGGAUGUCCUUUCGCCCUUGACGCGCCGCAAAAUGUACUCGGACACGCCCUCAUAAGUGAACCAGUACCGCAGCCGACGCAGAUUCGCCUGCAGUGCACACAACACACAUCACAUCGCACCCAUCGAUCCAUCCCCACCUUUCAUGUGCUUCGUUGGGCUGGCUGACCUACCUGUCUUCUGUGUAUCUCUUCCGGCGGAAUGUCGUUGAUGAGGGUGGGCAGCAUGUGGGCCAUGCUGACGUGGAUGGAGACGCCGAUGUCGUCCCACGCGAAGCCCUCGACGUCUGGGUAUGGGAGGUAGGGGAAGUCGUCCCACACGUACACGGGAAUGGCCCCGAGCUGCACCGCCUCGUACAUCCUGAAGGAAUGAAGGAAUGAAUCCGCACAGACAGACACGUGUAUGUUCCUAGCCUGACGGCGGCUCGUUUGUGCAUGGCGUGGUAGCGUCAUGGGAGUUAACUAACAUGCAUAAUACUGACUACCUGAAUGAUGUUCGUCCCAUGCCUCUGGGUGUGAGUGUGAAGACCGACCGCUCCAUGAGGCGCUGGAAAUCGGAACCCUCGUAGUGCACCACCACAUGGGGGUCAACCAACGCCUGCCAGGCACACACACCCAUCCUAGUUGUCAGUCACACAAACGUCAUAAAUAUUGCGUUCGUUUGUUGUCGGCUCCUUGGUCGUGUCACUCGUGUGUCUUCUCUCUCCAUCUCCUCUCACCCACCCACCCACCCGUUGCAGCUCCUCGUCGGUGCCGCUCUCUCGUUCAAUGUCUGUGAGGUUUGUGAAGGUGAGCACCUCCAGCAGCCGACGACGCACAGGGAACCGCUUCUUGGCGAUCGUCGACGACAGCAGGAUGUCACGGGCGGGAGGUGGGUCGGACACACUGCACCACACACACAUCAUGAUGGGGGGGGGAUGGCUGGAUCAGUGUGUGUGUGUGUGUGGCGUACUGGAGGUUGCCCUUGAUGAGGGGUAUGGGUGUUUGUGUGGGGAAGCGCUCCGACCCGCCCGCAUUGAACACCAAUAUGUUGGGCGGGAAGCGAAGCUCCAGCUUCUUCAGACCCUCAGCGUCCUACACACACACACACACACACACAGUCGAUCGAUGGACUGCAUGCUCGUAUGGCGCGGUUUAGAUCUACCUGCAGCACGGUGAAGUACUUUCGGUCCAGCUUGACGUAUUUCUGGAGGAAUCUGAGGACCUCCAGCCGCCACUGGGCCUUCUUGUCGUCAUCCACCUUGCUCCUGCAUCCACCCCACCAUCCGUACGCGCGCGACACGUUACACGUUCAAUGGCACGACCGACACAAUAACUAAGUCACCCACCUGCUGAGUGAGGUCCAGAAGACGGGCAAGUAGAUGGGCUCCUUGCUCGAGUGCGCCACCUGCUGCCAUGCCGCGAAGAACGAAUCCUCUAUCCAUGGACCGGUGUAUCCGCUGAUUGAUGGAUCGGACAGACCACACACAGGACAGACACAUCGUUCCUCGCUCCCGAAACACACACUCAGACACACAGGCAAGUACAGUCCAGUCCGCCUGUCUGUCGCUCACCUACCUAUAGUUGGAGUUGAGAAGUGGUCUGAGUCCCGAUGUGGCCCCGAGUAUGUGCAUCUGCUCCUCAUAAAACAACUCAUGCACGCUCUUCGAACCAACGCCCUCAUCGCCACCGUCACCCCCCUGCUGCUGCUGCUGUUGCUGUUGCUGCUGCUGUUGCUGCGCAGAGUCGCCCACACGAGCAGCUUCGUGGGCCUCCAUGGGAGCCGCCGGAUUCGCAUUCUUGCCGUCCACUGCUGCUGAUCCUGCUGCAGCUGAUUGGAUAAUGAGGUCGUUGUCAUUUUCCUGGACGUCUGGCAUGCCGCCGCCGGUGCGCUUGCGCAUGAUGGGUGUGAGGAAAGGGUCAGCCACCUGCCCAGAGAGGGGGGGCGACAGCCGAUGCAGCACACUCAGAGCUGAAGGAACGAAAAGAAGAAUGAGCACAACGUGUGUGUCGGUCGAAGUAGGGCGUACCUCUGAGGCUCGAGAGGUGGAUAUAGACACACAGGAAGAAGACAAAGGUCACCACACACACGAGAAAGAGACUCGCCCAGCUGAGAAAGGCAGGGAGCAUGUGCAGGGACACCACCGGCACCUCCCCCUUCUGCACGUCGAGGGGCCACAUGAGUGACACCGGCGGCCAUCUGCGGCCGUUCCCACCCCAGCCCCUGGGCGCUUUGCGUGUGUUGGCCGUUGGGUCAGAUCGUUUCCGCUUGAACAUUCGUUGCAGAGUGCCACGAACCAUGAGAGGUACCGCUGCAUGCGGCGGGCCGCCGAGUCGAUGUCUGUCUGACAGACAUGCGGCACGGACACAAUAAAGCACGAAACCACGGUCAAUGCACUAAGUCUUUCGUGUGUUUCGUCUCACCUUUGGCCUCACAGCUGCUGAACAACCACCUCAGAUUUCUCCCGUUGAAGUGAAAAAGGGGCUCACUCGUUGGAGCGUUGUCGGGUCAGUCAUUAGCUGUCACGGAGUGUUGUGUCACACUACACUAAGCUCCACGGAUCCAGAGAGGGUGCCUUUUCC